AUUCCCAUAUUCUUGAGGUUAUCAAGAACUGACGUGAAUAUCUUUGAACCAGCUCCUUCCUUAUCAUCUGUGUAACUUGUUCAACAGUGGAUAUGUCAUCCUCAAGUCUAUUACUCUCACCAGGUCCCUACCAUAUCAUCAGUUAUGGCACUUUACUUGGGACAACAUUCUUCCAUUCCUUCGUGGGCGGCAUCAUCUCCUUCCAAGUCCUCCCCCGCCCGCAAUUCUCCGCGCUCCAGACCAAGAUCUUCCCCGUCUACUUCUCCAUACAAACCACCAUCCCCGUUAUUCUCGCCCUGACCUACCCCGGCGCCACCUCCGCAUUCGGAUCUGCUGGUGCCGCUGGGAUCGCCGGCGUUCUGGACCCGGAUAACAGGUGGUCCGUUCUCGCCCCCAUUGCUGCCAUAUUCUUGACCGGUUUAGCCAAUCUCGCGGUGGUUGGGCCCGCUACUACUAAGUGUAUGAAGGAGAGGAAGCAUCAGGAAACUAAGGACGGCAAGAAGAGCUAUGAUGCUCCCCCGCACUCUCAGGAGAUGACUGCGCUGAACAAGCGCUUCUCCCAGCUCCACGGCAUUUCGUCGCUCCUCAACCUGGGAAAUUUCAUUGCUGCUGUUGUGUAUGGCUUCACCUUGGCUUCACGCCUUGACUAGAGGAAGGGGUAGAUACACAAGUUUGUUCAAGAGCCACUGAGGCAUGUCCAUUUCCUUGCUAUCUACUUGUCGGAUAACACGAAGGAUUAUUUCAAGCCGGUUUACCCCCUUCCCCCCCUUUGAUGUCAAAUUAUAUCUGUUUUCUUUUUUUCCCGUUUCCCUUUUGCUUUUCCAUCGUCCUCCAUGAUGCAUGUGAAAUCCUCUCUGCAUCAGUUUCUUAUCUCUUCCAACCUUUCUCUGCUUCGUGGUUGACAAAGGCCCAAAAACACUCCAUUAACGCCGCCGCCUGUUCCGUGAGGAACAUGAUGAUCCCGUUUUUCCCUUAUCUAUGUCCGUCUAGUUUAUACUUGACUUGGCUGAUGCCGAUCCAAGACU